UUUGAAUAUAACAAACUUUUAUCAAGUUUAUGUCUUCCACAUUCUACCCUUAGCGCCAUUUUUUUAGAAAGGGGAAACUCCAAUGUGGAUUCGGGAAAACUCACAAAAUUUGGCACCUAAAAUUAUUUUAAAGCCAAAAUUUAAAAUAAAGAAAACAUGGACGACAUGAAUGAAUUUUUGGAUAAAAUUCAAAUGUUUACUCUAAAUGACUUUACUGCUGAAACGAUAUCACCAUUAGAAAAGCUAAAAGAAGAAAACAACAUGAAGUCUAAAAUGGAACUUUAUGUAACAAAUUUACAGUCAAUAAUUGUGAAUAAGUUGCAAUCAUUUGAGCCUACCAAAAAAUUCAAAGUCGACAGGUGGAAAAGAGAACAAGGAGGUGGUGGAAUUACGAUUGUUUUACAAGAUGGUAUUGUAUUUGAAAAAGCAGCUGUUAAUAUUUCUGUUGUUUGGGGCGACAUGCAUGAAGACCAAAUUAAAUCAAUGAAAAGUAAAGGAAGAGAUUUGAAAGUUGAAGGGAAAAAUAGAUUUUUUGCAACUGGUAUAAGUAGCGUUAUUCAUCCAUGUAAUCCAUUCAUCCCAAGUUUACACUUUAAUUAUCGUUACUUUGAAGUAGUCAAUGAAAAUGGACAUCAUACAUGGUGGUUUGGUGGAGGCAUGGAUUUGACACCAAAUUACUUGAAUGAAAAGGAUGCAUCACAUUUUCACAAAACACUAAAAAUGGCUUGUGAUAAGCAUAAUAGUUUAUAUUAUCCGAAGUUCAAAAAAUGGGCUGACGAUUACUUUUUUAACAAGCAUAGAGGUGAAGCCAGAGGAGUUGGUGGUACUUUUUUUGAUGAUUUUGAUGAAGGAUCAAUCGAUGACUGCUUUGCUUUUGUAGUUUCGUGUGGUAAUUCAGUUUUACCUUCAUAUGUUCCACUUAUAGAAGAGCAUAAAGAUAAACCUUUUUCUUCAAGGCAUCGCGAUUGGCAGUUGAUGAGAAGAGGAAGGUAUGUGGAGUUCAAUCUUGUCUAUGAUCGUGGAACUCAAUUUGGUUUAGCUACACCUGGUGCCAGAAUAGAAAGUAUUCUUGUCUCUAUGCCUCUAAUAGCAAAAUGGGAAUAUUGCCCUGAAUUAGAACACGGAGAUGAAGAAGCUAAACUUAUCAAAGUUUUAAAGGAGCCGAAAGAAUGGAUCUAAAAAGGUAAUAUCGAGUUUACAUCGAUUGAGAUCUUUGACAUCAAUUUAUAUUAAACUUAACAAAGUGAUAUUAGUUUAUGUUUCAUGGCUUUUAAAAUCUCCAUGGAUUCACUGCUAAUCACAUUAACACUGUAACAUCCCUGGAAGUGGUGUUAUUUAAAAUUUGUAUUUAUUUUUAUUAAUUUUUAGUUUUUAAUAAGGUUUUUGAGAA